AUUUAAAACUACGGACCCGACGCUUGCUAGUGACAGCUCGGUUUAAAACAGAAAAUAUUGCAUUUCACGACGCCAGUCACCAGCCUGGGAGUGUUCGCUGCACACAUAUGACUGGUACUGAAGCUGUUUCGUCCUCUUUAUCGCAGUAUGGAGACAAACUACGAUCAGGUUUUAGACUCACCCUCCAAGAACAGUUGUAUUGGGAGCUACUACCAGCCUCCAGAUAAGAUACUGUCAGUGGCACGGCAUCUGGAGUUCCCUACACACCCAGCUGUCACCUCGGACCCCCACAUGUCCAGCCCCAGUCCCAGUAUUGACAGCAAAGCUGUGGUUGCUGCUCUGAAGACCCUCCAGGAGAAAAUCAAGAAGCUGGAGGUGGAACGGAAACAAGCGGAGAAGAAUUACAGGCAGUUUUGCCUUGAUGCACAAAAGCAUCAGCAGGUCACAGAACCUGCUGAAACAACAACAACAGCAGCAGCCAGCCGAAAUGAGACUGAUAGCUCUACCAGGAAGACAGAACUUGACUCCAAAAUGCGGUCGGCAGAGGCUCGCUGCCAGGUCCUCGAGAAGCAGCUGGUCUACAUGAGGAGAAUGGUAGAAAAUGCCAAGAAGGAGAGGAAUUCUCUAAAGCAAGAUCAGGCAUCACUGCAGCAGCAGACGAGCAGCUCCUGCAGCCAGACUCAGCGGGAGAAGCUGGAGAAACUCGAGUCCGAGUGUCUCAAACUGAAAAAAACCCAAACUGUGGCAGAGAUGAAGCUUGCCAUUCUGGAACAGAAACUCCUGAAAGAAGAGCAUGAGCGGAAACUUGUUCAAGAGAAGGCAGAGGAGCUGCAGAGGGAGUUUGACGUCAGCCUCCGACUGUCCGCUCAAACCACUGAGGAAACAAAACCAAAGAGGACGAAAAAGACAAAAAAAACCUCUAAACACGAUGAGCCGGUGACUGGCAGCCCGAAGCAAGUCAGAUUUCCUUUUGUUGCGGGAACAUCCACCAGCCCGAGCCACUCGGUUCAUGCCAACGUGCAAAGCAUCCUCCACAUGAUGAAACACCACCAGCCCCAGCUGUGUGAGCGAGUGAGUUCGCUGCACAGGUCGGGAGCGAAGAAGAGCCUCCAGAAGAACUUCCCCUCGUCGGCCAGCGCCGCCCGGAGGCCGGAGAGCCCGCCUGCAGAUCAGCCGCUGGGCUCGCUCUCCGACCUGCUCCUGGCUCUGCAAGACGAACUCGGACAGAUGAGCUUUGAGCAUCAGGAGUUGGUGCGUCAGAUAGACGCAACAGAACGUCGGGAUAAGAGGCGGGACCUCGAGGGGGAGCUGGAGAGGCUGGUCACCCGGAUGGAGGAGAAAGGGGCGCAGAUCACCAAGCUCCGCAAACACCAGCAGCAGAUACACAAACUGACCCAGAGUCAGCGGGGGGCCGAAGAACAUUACGCCAAAAAGCCGGGCGGCGUCAAGCCGCCCGCUCCUUCUCCUGUCACGGCCAAGCACAGACCAAAGAACGGCACGACACUUCAGGCCAACCGGCAGCUUCUUAGAGAAACCCAGAAGCUCCAAAGCAGCCUAAAACAAGAUGACCUCUGCUGGGAAACAUGAGGUCCUGUGACAGACCCCUGCGAGGACACAUUCUGAUGUUUGUUCUCACCAUCUCUCUGUUUUUGUUUAGAAUAGGAAAGAAAUGCUUGAAAAAGUAGCGAUUUUUAUUUUAAAGCCUUCAAACAUACUUGCUUGCUUGAGGUUUUGCACACAUGGUAGCCUUCACUGAGCGGACAAGCCAGAAUAAAUUAUGUGAGUAAAUUUACAUUUUUAAUAAAGCCUAUUUUUUCUUCAUGUAGGUGUUCUUUAUGUUCAUGUUUAGCACUUCGACAUCCAGAGCUGGACUCAGCAUACCGUAUAGUUUGUCCUACUGUCUCCCGUCCUGCCAGACACGAGUGCAUUUUUUUUAUUCAACAUUUUAUUGUGUUGUCUAGAGUACAGGUUAUUAUCUUUCUGGUUUUAUUAAAGUCCUGUAUGCAUGUUAUGAUUU